GGAGAGGGGCCCCACAAGUAACCUAUUCGCCUUUACAACAACUUCAACAACAACCCCUCCCAACUAAAUCUCAAGAACCAACUCAGCCAUCUCCAUCCCAGAAACAACUUUCCCAACGACCCAUAACGCCCGUUGCACCGCUGGAUCAUGUACUUCCAAAAUCAGAAAAUUGUGGUUAUGCCGCUGAAAGUGCAACAAAAAUAUCCGAAACAACCCCUCCUCAUGUCGUCAAAACUCCAAGCCAUCAAAGAGCAGUUUCGCUUCCUGUUUCGUCUCCUGUGGAAAGGAAUAAGCCGCAAAUACAAAGGCCUGUUGCAUAUUCUCAAAGUGAAAGAAUUCCGAAUAGGGAAAGACCACCUUUGAACAGGUCGAUGAGCAGGAAAGAAAUAAUCAAAAACUAUAUACGAAAAGAAACUGCCAAUUUCUUCGGUGUUGACGAGGAAAACGAAAAUCAACAGCAACUGCGAUGGUUAGACAGAAGAAAACGAAUGGCGUGCAG